GAACAAAUAAAUAAAUUACAAAUUCAGUCACAAUAAUUCUAGUCUGCUCACCUGCAAAAUGAGAGCCAUGCAUAUUAUUCUGCAGCUUAUAGCCAUACUAUGCAAUGCAGAGACAGUUGCCACAAUUUGGCAGGAAAGCAGAAGCUCUUCAGAAAAAGCUUUCCACAGAGGAACUAGGGAAUUGAAUGCUCCAUCUCCAAUAGAUUGCAAACUGAGCAGCUGGAGCGCGUGGGGGCCCUGUGACCCAUGCACCAAUCAAAGGUUUCGUUCCAGACGUAUUGAAAGAUUUGGGCAGUUUGGUGGAAAAGCAUGUCUGGAGGCCCUAGGAGACACACAAAUCUGUAAACCCAGCAAAGCCUGUCCUGAAGAACCAGAACCAAACUGUGGUGCUGACUAUCAGUGCAGUUCAGGUCGAUGCAUAAAGCGAAGACUUGUGUGCAAUGUAGAUAAUGACUGUGGAGACUAUUCCGACGAAGAUGACUGUGAAUCUGAGCCACGGUCACCAUGUCGAAACCAUGACAUUGAUGUGUCUGAAGUUGGCAGGACUGCAGGACAUGGAAUCAAUGUUUUAGGGAUGCAGCCAAUGGCCAGCCCAUUUGACAAUGACUUUUUCAAUGGUCUUUGUGAGCGGGUGCGUGAUGGGAACACACGGACGUACUACCGCAAGCCGUGGAACGUGGCUGUUCUCACUUACGAUACAAAAGCAGACAAAACUUUCUCAUCUGUGUACUACCAUGAUCGUGUGAAAAUGUUACAAGAGGUUUACAUAGAAAAACAGAAACAUUUUAAUGUUGAUGCCUCUCUGAAAUACACACCUACUGACGGGAGUAACAAAAAUGCUUCAGAAGGAAAUUUCAAAUAUGACUACAGAAAGAAUUAUACAUUUGGUUCCGUCCUGCAAAGCUACACAGAAAGGAACCAAACCUUUCUGCAUGUAAAAGGACAGAUUCAGCUGGGGAGGUUCCAAAUUCGGAGUCGUGAUGUUCGUCUCACAGAUAGUUUCCUUGAUGACUUAAAAUUUCUGCCUGCCGAAUACGACAAGGGGGAGUAUUUCAAAUUCCUAGAAGAUUAUGGCACUCACUAUGCACUCUCUGGAGCUGUAGGAGGAAAAUAUGAACUUGUUUACGUGCUGGAUAACUAUGUUAUGUCUCGACUAGGAAUCACUGUGGAAGAUGUGAAAAAAUGCCUUGGCUAUCACUUAGAUGCCAAUAUUGCAUAUGAAAACAUACAAGCCAAUUUUAAUGUUGAUAGUGGUAAAUGUGAAAGUAUUCACAGGAAGGACAAAUCAGAAAUGAAUGAUAAUGCUGUCAUUGAUGAUGUCCUUUCCUUAGUUGAGGGAGGGAAGAUUGACUUUUCAGUUAAAAUCAAAGAAAUGUUACUACGAGGAGCCAGAACUGUUGAUGUAGAGGAUUAUAUAGAGUGGGCUAAAUCUUUGGUUGAUGCUCCAGUAGUGAUACAGCAGCGGCCUUCUCCAAUACAUACACUUGUUCCAGUUAAGCUAAGAGAUGCAUAUUUAAAGAAACAAAAUUUGGAAAGGGCAAUUGAAGACUACAUUACCGAAUACAGUGUGUGCAAAUGUGAACCCUGUAAAAAUGGAGGCACCCUUGUGCUGGUAGAUGGAGUCUGUACAUGCCUAUGCUCAAGUUAUUUUAAGGGAAUUGCUUGUCAAAUUCCCAAAUCUACACUGGUGAAAGUUGUGACUGAUGGAGGCUGGAGCUGUUGGAGUGCCUGGUCCACCUGCAUCAAUGGAGAGAGCACUCGAACUCGCCAGUGUAAUAAUCCUGCACCGGGACCUGAUGGCAGACCAUGCCAGGGAGAAAGCAUUGAAAAACGGCCCUGUGAAGAAGGGAAAUAGUUAUGCUCCUCAAAACCAGAAAACAUUCAUGGAUUCCAAACCGGUUUCACAAAUCACAAUUUCUGCUGGCCAGCUAGCUACAUCAGAAUGCCAUGAUUUAAAAGUACCUGCAGCUUAAAUGAUAUGUAAUCAAAACAAAGUAAUAAACUAUAAACAUAUUAACAGAAA